GUGUCCUGUUUUGUGCAGUUAUUUGACCUCCCAACAACAGUUGAUCCCAGCUACAUAAUUUCCCUCAUACGAAAACUUCUACCACCGAAUCAGACACAUAACUCUUGCUCCAAUGGAGUUGACGGAAAUAAUUCCCAGAAGUCUAGCUCGGAUUCCAUUGAAGAAAAGCGGGCCCCACUGGAUAAUACGAGAGUACAAGACCCAGCAAGUGACUUUUCUGAGACAAUGGACAUCAUUGAUGAUAAUAAGGAAUCUGCCUGUGAAGAAGGCAGAGUUGAUGGAGAGUCAACUUGCGGAAAUGGAUUACCCAAAGCUUCUACAUUAGAAGAGGUUUGGGAAGGGAAUGGUUGCAUUCUGUGGGACCUUGCUGCAAGUCAAACUCAUGCAGAACUCAUGAUUGAGAACCUUGUCAUGGACGUGCUUCUGGCAAACCUCACAGUCUCCCAAUCCACUAGGGUUAGAGAGAUUUGUCUUGGAAUUUUAGGGAAUGUUGCUUGCCAUGAGGUUCUUAUGAAGAGUAUAGUUUCUACUAAGGGACUCGUUGACGCAAUUGUGGAUCAACUGUUUUUGGAUGAUACACAAUGCUUAUGUGAAGCUUGCCCGUACUAUAUUAGUUAUGCAAAGUUUUCUCCUUUGCUUGUAAUUGUCAGAGAGAAAAAUUUAUCCAGGAAACAGUCCAGAAGAACGCUCAUUUUAUUUAUUUUAUUUUAUUAUUUUUUUUGUGGGGGAGUGGUUGGGGGUUGGGGGUUGGGAAAUUGA